GCGGCGGCUGUGCAACUAUGGGGCGCGGGGACGAUGUCGGAGGUGCGAUGCAGGUGGCGGUAGCCGUUGGAGUUGUGGCGGUGGGAGCCGUCUACUGGCUGAUGAAGGGAUCGAAGGGCUCCCGGAAGGAGAGGAAGAUCUUCCUUGACAAGUCCAAGAAGCAGUCCGUACCCCUCACAGAGAAGAUCCAGCUGUCCCAUGACACCUUCCUCUACCGAUUCUCUCUACCCACCCCAGAUCACGUGCUGGGUUUGCCCGUCGGAAAGCACUUCAAGAUUUUCGGGAAGAUUCCGACGCCAAAGGUGAAGAAUGAAUGGAACGGCAAGGAGGACAGCGAGCAGAUCGAUCCCUCUCAUGACGGACUGGUGGAGAGGAAGUACACACCCACUUCAUCCGAUGAAGAAGUAGGAUAUUUCGACCUUGUCAUCAAGGUGUACCGCCAAGGACACACGUACAACCCUCCGCGAGAUAAGUUCCCUGAUGGCGGGAAGAUAUCAAGAUACAUCGACAGCUUGAAGAUUGGAGACAUGCUUGAAAUCCAAGGCCCCUUCGGCCAUAUCGAAUACCUUGGAAAGGGAGUCUUCAAGUCAUUUGCUAAGGAACUGGAGGCUGUCAAGGAGAUCGGAAUGGUUGCUGGCGGAACCGGGAUCACUCCCAUGCUUCAGAUCAUCAACGCAGUGUUGAGGGACAAGUCGGACACAACCAAAAUCAGGCUUUUGUUUGCGAACCAGACCAAGGAAGAUAUAUUGCUCAUGGAUAAGCUGGAGGAGCUGCGAGAGGCAAACAAGAGUCAAGUCAAGAUCUACUACACUCUAGACAACCCACCAAAGAACUGGAAAGGAUUCACGGGCUUUGUCAAUGAAGCCAUGCUAGCGGAAACGAUGCCUGCAGCUUCGGGCAAGUCUGUCAUUCUCAUGUGCGGUCCUCCUCCCAUGAUUGAUUUCGCUGUACGUCCAAACCUGGACAAGUUGGGGUUCUCCAAGAGUCAGAUGUUGGCGUUCUAAGCGGAAUGAAGGGAAAGCUUCUAGAUGCUUCUGUGAAAGUCAAUUUUGAAAAUUGUUUGAUGCCCAGUG